UAUGCUUUCAAAUGUCACAGCAUGUGUUGCUAACAGAUCUCUUUACGUCGGAUGAUUUUAUCGGCCCAGGAAGAUGUCCUUAACUUUAGGCGAUGUUCCAGUAAUUACAUAACCGGUACCAAGUAAAGUUACAAAUUGAGAAAUCUGUGCUCUGUCAGGAAUCUUGAGCGGUUUCACGUAUCACGGAAGACCUAAAGAGGUAAGGACUUUUUCUGGUCAUGUAUACUUUUCAAACAGUCAUACUGAGCUGUUCCCAAUGCUUUUAACUUAUUUAUAGUCCAGAGCAGUAAAGUGGCCUGUUGUCACUAUCCAUGUGUGUGCAAUCAACUCCGAGCCAACCUAAUUCCAACUGAAAAGUUCAUACCUUUCAUUACCUGAACCUGCUGUUCUCCCGUGAUCAUGUUUCCCCUUUGUGUAAGUCUAAUUGUUUUAUUUUUAGUUAUUUCAUGACCUGCUUCAGGAUAAUAGACAACUAUUGUAUGACCCAUAAUGGAAAACUGUUUAGAUGGUCAGUGUUAUUCAUUGCACUAGACUGACGCCCUAUUCACUGAUGGUCACUGGUACAAAAAACAAAAACAGGCCCGUCAGGAAGCUAAUAACUUAUGACAAUAGCCCUGAAGUGUUCUCUACUUGCAGCGAUGCCAACUGGCCAUUUCACUGGGCGCAUCUCGCAUUUAAAUAAUUUUGGUUGCCAUUGAGUGGUAUAUCAGAUAUAUUCCAUUCAGCUAGCAAGAUAUUGAACGAGUCCAAGAUGAGUCGAUAUCAUGCUACCUGAAUGGAAUAUAUCUGAUAUACCAUGAAAAAAGCCAUUAUUAUAAUACAUACACGUUCCUUCCGGGUGUUCAACACAUCUUUCUCUUUCAACAUUCUCUCAAAAUCUUGCGUAUUUAACGAUGCAAUCCUGGCAGCCAUGUUUGUUUCCAAAUUGUCACAGUCGCUCACUAGCAUGGAAGUUUUACGUCUCUGAUAUAUGACAUCAUAUUGUCUUGACAACCAUGCAAUAUUGUAAACCAUAUUCAAUGCUCAUUCUCCAUUGGGUAGAGUGACGUAAUACGUAUAGGAUAAGCAAUAUGCUAACAAUAUUUCAUGCUAUCAAACCAAAUGAAUGAAACCCGCUAGAAGGGAAUAGAACACGUUUUUAUUCCAUUGAAAAAGCGUCCUGCAUGUAUAAUAUCAAUGAUGUUCUUUUUCCAGUUAGAUGGUCAUGUAGGUACCGGACCAUUAAAUGUAGUUAUAAAGCAACACUGUUGAAAUCUUGAAUCUAACUGGUUACAAGGUGUUGAUUAAUUUUAUUUAACGGGUCUGACAGUAGUUCUGGUUACAAUUCCAGUCAUAGGUCUGCACUUUGUAACAGUCAGUAGAUUUUCCAUUACAGAUCAGAGGAGUUACACGUUCCAGUUUAUCAGUAACAUAUUUUUAAAUAUACUGCUUUUUUUUAAAUUAACUCCAAGAAUGGAAAAAAGAGAGGCUGGUGAGGGAAUGACUGUUUAUAAGUUAUAAUCUAACUGGUAACACAAAUGAUGUCUCACAGAUGUUCCACAACAUUAAAUGGACCCUAAGCAAGAAAUGGUUAAAAAGCACAAUGUGCUAAUCUUUAAUAAAUUAAAUAUUGUUAUUGCUGGCAAACUGAUGAAUAAAAUAAAAGGAAUAAAAUUCUUUGGGACAUGCUACAAAAUAGUUUACUUUCGUUAAGUGUUUUGAUUAGCUCAUCCAGCCGACAGGCGAUGAGAUGUCAUCAUGUGUUGUUUGUCGUACAGCCGGCAUUGUCCACAUUUCACGAAAAUCGCUCCUUCUCUCUCAAUUCUUCACCGAUUUUUGUUCUUUUUGGCUGGAAGGUAGGGGUACCUAGGGUUCUUGUAACUUCUAUCCAGAUUUGCUUAAUUACAAUUAAUGAAGUUAUGGACUAAUUAAGCCUUAAUGAGCAAUUCAACAAAAAUUGCUUCUUCUCAGCCAAUUCGUCGUCAUUUGGAUUAUUUCUGGUAAAUAGGUAGGGAUUCCUAGGAUGUAUAUAACUUCUAUAUACAGUAUAUAUAGCUUGCAACGUUUAUUACACAAGGUGGCCCACUUUAGACGGGGCCGGAGUGAGCUAUGCCGUCACUGACGGUCUCAUUUUCCUGUUGCUUUUUUUCAGCUGUAACUAAUAAAACAUAAUAAUUUGCACUAUAUGACCGGCCGUUUCUGGAUCCCUACCUAUCACACCUAUAUGUGCUUACUGAACAUCCCAUUCCAGAUGUAGUUCCCCUUUGCUGUUAUUAUAACCGCCACUCUUCUGCGAAGGCUUUCCAUUAGGUUCUGGAGUAUGGAUUUGGGGUUACAAGUAAAGAAAAAUAAGUAAUGGCAACGUGAAUUUUGAAAAAAAAAUUGCAGAAAAUACUUGUACACUUAAAUGAGGUGGUUUUUCAUACAACUCAACAAAAACAAUUUCACAAAAUUGACAUGGAAACACUUUUUUUUGCAUUUAAGUCAUGGCUAUUGUGGUGGAUGCAGUGAAAAUCACUGUAUCGGCACUUAGCAGGUCUUGGAGAUCUGUCGGCAUGUUUAAUUGGAAUGAUUGUGGUGAGAGGAGAAAAUCCAGCAUUAAUUGCAUAACAUCACUCAGUGGAAGUGCAGACCAUUCGCGAUUGUGUUUUGUUGACUUAAAAAAAAAACACUUCUAUUUUGCACAAUGGAACCUGCUUACUGAUGGAGAAAGAGUCAUCCUUGGAUAUAGUCAGUGUUUCACUUCAUCCCGAAGGUGUUCAGUGGGUUGUGCUCUGUGAGGGACAUUCAAGUUCUUCCACACCAAGUCUUCAUGGAGUGUGCUUUGUGCACAGGAGCAUUGUCAUGCUGGAACAUGUUACAGUAAAGGGAAUUCUUAAUGCUACAGCAUUCAGAGACGUCCUAUGUUCCUGCAAUGUUGUGGCAUCAGUUUGAAGAAGAACCAAAGAUUCCUGUAAGGGUCAGGCGUCCACAAGAUGUUGGCUAUGUUGUGUAUCUUCUGUUGGAUUAUUGAUUUAUCUUCUCGGUUUACAUAAAAAGUCAGGAUCUGAUUAAAAGUCAAGCACCUAUUUUUAUGGAGGAUUAAACUAAAAAAAGUCCAUUUUUGAUACGGACAUAGGCACUUCCUUCAUUUAAAAGUUUGGCAUUUCUUUAAUUUCUUUCUAGCUGUAAGUAGGCUAAAUUGGACUAAAUAAAUAAGCUAUGUAUCCUUCAAAAAUAUUUAUAUCCUUUCAAAAUCCUGGGAAUGCUUAAUAUCUAAGAUAAAGUGCAGCUACCAAAUCAAUCUGCUUACAUAAUCAGGAGAUCACAUGCUACAUAAAGGGGUGCAAAAGCUCUGUGUGGGAGAGUUACAGGGAGGAGACGAGAGAGAAGUAAACUAUCUAGAGAGGAGUCUCUCCACUAUCCGCUGCUAUAAUAAUAAUAAUAAUAAUAAUAGAGAAUAGCAGAUAUAUUUCACAGGUAAGUCCAAAUGUGUCUGCAUUUUGAACGGGAAAGACAUAUGAAUCUGUGGCUCCAUGACUUAAAAAAAAAAAAGACUGUCAAAUACGAAUCUGUUUCUGGAAGACAUCUGUGAAAGAGGUUGAAGGAUGGAUUUUGACUUGCCUCCCACCAUACCUGUGAGCGGGAUCCCCUGGGAAAGAGUUCUUUCACCCCUGCUGCCUCGCCUCGGGGGCACUUUCGGAUCUUACUCAUGGACUCCAGCAGAGCUGCUGAUCCCGGUUAAAGAGCACACAGGAGCUGCACAGGUUGUUUGCGACCAAAAUGGAUUCACUGUGCAACUGAAUGUGAAACACUUCACUCCUGAGGAGCUGAUGGUCAAAGUCUCAGGCGACUAUGUUGUGGUAGAUGGAAAGCACGAACAGAAAAAGGACGGAUCUGGACUCGUGACUCGACAGUUUAACCGAAGGUACCGCAUUCCAAACGAAGUGGACGCCAUGAAACUGGAGUGCGCAGUGUCACCAGAGGGAGUGCUCAUCAUUUCUGCCCCCUUGCUGAAGGUUGAAAAGGACAAAUCACCAACACACUCAGGACCAGGAGUGUAAAGAAACUCCACGGGUGUUGACAAGGAGACAAGUCAACAGAUGGACUUUUUAAUAACGUAAUUCUGUCCCAAGAUGUAUUUCGAUCACUCCCAAAAGGAUGAACAUCAGGAGAAACAGACCAACCUUCCUCUUGCAUGGAAGCUAUUGGCCAUUUCCAAACGCCAAUUCCAAACAUACUUGAUACCAAGCCAAACACCACAUCAUUAAUCCUUUUUGUUACCUGAUCCGAAUUCAGAAUCCAUCUCCAAUUUUCCAGCAUGAUGUUCAAAACAUUGAGGUUGUGGUUUGAUACCAGUUGCACAUGAUGGACUUAUCAGUCUCACAAGUAACCAAAUUGUUAUUAUUGUGCUCAUGAUUGUACAUAUUCCUUAAUAAUGGUGUUUUAUAAGUGUUAAGUACGAGUUAUGAUAUUCUACGCACUAAUUUAACUGCUGAAUUAUCAUGAAGUCUUCAAAUAAAUAUUUUUCCAAAAUGA